GCUAGAAAAAAGAAAGAUUUCAAUGUUAAUAAAAGAAGAAAAAAUGAUAAAAAAUUUCAAAGGUCAAAAUUACCUGUAACCCAAAAAACUGUAACUAUUUAUUCCGCUAUCAUAACCAAGGAUGAACGAUCCC